CCCCACUCGUGCUUGUUCCCCGUCCUCCUGUUCAACAUCCGGGUUUUUUUCCUUCGAAGAUUACAAAAUGUUCCGCAUCCGCUUCGAACAGGUGCUCGAGCUGCUCCGGUACCGGUUGCAGGUCCAUCGUUUCAAGGUGGAUAACUUACCCCUUCAAGUGUGCCGGUUGAAGGAAGUUGAUACUGAUUUGUUC